GUGCCCAGCCUGUCAGAGGUCCGUGCCUCGCUCGCCGGCCAAAUACGUCGCGGUUCCGAUUUCGUUUCACGCCGACUCAACCGAAAAAUCGCGAUUCAUUCUCGCAAGGUGGUGUUGUGUGAGUGUGUUCCUUCGUUUUCACAAGUUUACAGUUGUACUCCGGUAAUAAAUUCUUAGUUCUCGCGAUUUGUAUCAUUGUCCGCGCGCAGUACGAUUGCUAAUUCUUCUCUUCUAUCCUCCAGGAUAUUUUACCAAUUCUCCCGAGUAUCGGUUCCAAGUGCGAGGAUACCCACAGCGUCGUGUUUUACCAAAACCGCACCAGUGGAUUAAGUCCGUCGAUUGGAUCUUCAAGCAAAAUAAUUCGCUUGUGCUUUUUCUAGGUUUGUGAGUGAGAAUGCAAGUUUAAUCGGAAUUGAUACCACUCUUCAUUCUCCUUCAUUUGUUCUCAUCUUUUUCCGAGUGUCCAAAAUUAGUGAUACGUACGUACUCCGAUGACAGCAUAAUACCUGAAGUCUUCUUCGUAUCAGUACGAGCCACCGGCCGUAUAGUUAAGGCCACGAUAAUUUCCAGCGUCGGUCGAACAAAUUUUGCGUGUAAAAUGCCGUCCCGCAAUUAUUUUUAGUGAGCAAUAUCUUACCGGGUUUCUCAACGCGAGGCAUGUAUUCAAUAUGUGAUAAUUUGCAAUAAUCUGCACCAGUGCAUCACGUCGGUGGAAAUUGGUAUGAAAAUGGAUACACAGUCAACCAGAGCUCAAUCAAAAGCUUGACAGCUAAUUUUUGGGUAGCGAUUUGGCCCUCCGAAGCGCGAAUCGGCCAAUUAUUGUUGAACUUGUGCGGGAAUGAGUGCGCACGGAAAAGACGAGAAAAUAAUCGCAGCGUAGCGUGAAGUGUCGUGAAGAGACGCAAAUCCUUCAAUUUCCAUCGUCUUCCGUGCGAAUCACCACUGCGAAGGCUAAUUCAACGGCAGUGAAAAUCACAGGAACGUGGCAUAGUCAUUAAGUACAAUGGCUCAUGACUUCCGUAUAAUGUGUAUUCAAAGUCAUGGAGUUUGAUAUUAUCCGGCAAACCAGCGUCUACGUGCGUCUAAUGGAUAUUUUAUAGUUGGCCGUAGUCCAACAAUUUUUGUGUGUUUCCUUCGGAAAUACACUAUUUUUUUUUGUAUUAUUUUUUUUUUAAAAAAAGAAACCGAGGCUCUUUAGAAGUGAAAUGGCUCAUCGACUCCAGUUUGGUGUUUUUCAAACUUCGGCGAGUUUCAUCAAAUCCUCGUCUAACUGCAUCGAAUUUUGAUUAGAUCCCAAAAAGUCUUCAAGUGCUAUCAAUAGAUAUCUUACAUCGGUGGGCCAACAAUUAUCCCUAAAUAUUCGUUGAAAAAAAUCGGGGCUAUUCAGAUGUGAAAUGGCUCAUCGACUCCAGUUCGGUGUUUUUCAAACUGUGGCGAGUUUCAUCAAAUCCUUGUCUAACUGCAUCGAAUUUUGAUUAGACCCCGAAAAGUCUUCAAGUGUUAUCAAUAGAUAUCUUAUAUCGGUGGGCCAACAAUCAUCCCUGAAAAAAAUCGGGGCUAUUUAGAUGUGAAAUGGCUCAUCGACUACAGUUUGGUGUUUUUCAAACUUUGGCGAGUUUCAUCAAAUCCUCGUCUAACUGCAUCGAAUUUUGAUUAGCUCCCAAAAAGUCUUCGAGUGCGUUUACGAAUGGGGCGGAAGCGUGGCUUGGCAGGAAGUGCGGAUCCGGGAGCCGGGCCGACGGGGCCAGACGCGAUGGGGUGAUCGAUGACGUCAUCGUUGGUCGCGAUGGAGCUGUUGGUGAUGGUGCUGAGCGUGGUGGGUGCGCUGGCUCAGCUGACGGCGACGCGGGUGGUGCGGACCAAACACGGCGACGUGAGCGGGGUGAUGGUGAGUCUGGACAACCGGUACCUGGACUCGGUCGAGGUGUUCCGGGGCAUCCCGUACGCCUCGCCGCCGACCGGGAGCCUCCGCUUCAUGCCGCCGGUGACCGGGGCGCUGUGGUCCGGGGUCAAGGUGGCCGACAAGUUCAGCCCCGUCUGCGUCCAGGACCUGCCGGACAUCUCCAACGAGACGCAGGCCCUCAGGACCAUGCCCAAGGGCCGCCUGGAUUACCUCAAGCGGAUCCUCCCGCACCUGCAGAACCAGAGCGAGGAUUGUCUCUACCUCAACAUCUACGCGCCCGCACAAG